AUGAAAUUCUCCAUCUUUGGCUCGAUUCUUGUGGGCCUGACCGUUGUUCAGGCUUCAACAAUCAAUUACUCUACCGUCACGGGCUAUUUUCUGCAGGAUGAGGAGUCGACCGAUGCUUCCAAAUUCGACUACACAGCGGAGAACUUUGGCCUGAUCAGCCACACAUAUCCCGCGGACCAUAAGCUCAAGAGACAUGAAUCCCACACACAAUGGGAGCGUUUCUAUCAUCAAGUGACCAAGUUGAAUGAAGAUGCCCCCAAAAACGUCGAGUACAAAGUUCUAUUCCUUGGCCGACAUGGGGAGGGGUGGCACAAUAGUGCCGAGACGUACUAUGGAACACCUGCCUGGAAUUGCUACUGGGCCGAAUUGAAUGGCAAUAGCACAGCAACCUGGAUGGAUGCUACUCUCACCACCACCGGCGCCGCCCAAGCCCUGGAAGCAAACAAGUUCUGGCAAAAGCAGAUAAUCGACCAACGAAUCCAUACACCAGAUCGCUACUAUGUUAGCCCACUGACACGCACGCUACAAACUGCCAACCUAACAUUCACGGGCCUAGCCCUGCCAAAGGACAGCGCGCCUUUUAGGCCGACCAUCAAGGAACUUUUCCGCGAGGCAAUCGGUAUCCACACCUGCGACCACCGCCGCAACCGCAGCUACAUCCACUCCCUGUUUCCGGACUGGCCUAUCGAAGAUGGGUUCAGCGAAGAAGAUGAACUUUGGAACGGUGUGACGGCCGAAUCCAGUGAGGCGCAGGAUGCCAGGAGUGCAAAGGCGUUGGGACAGGUUUUCUUUACUUCAUCCGGUAAGAAGGAAGCUUUUGUAUCUGUUACCUCCCAUUCGGGGGAAAUCAAAUCCAUCCUGAGGGUUCUUGGGCAUCGGACCUUCACACUGAGUACUGGGGCUGUUAUUCCGGUGUUGGUUAAGGCAGAGAAACUCCAGGACAAGGUGCCAGCUACAUCUGUGUCUUGGACGGUCAGUCCACAUUGUACAAUGCCGCCAGUUACAUCGGUCUCAGCUUGCGUGUGUCCUUUUGGUGUAGUACCUGUUACAACAGCUUUGGUGACCGGCUAUUGA